AUGGCUACUUCCGCCAUGGGUUUGAAUAGUCACGCUUGCGAUGCACCGCAUGGAAUUCCUCAGCGGACGUCAGUUGGACAAAAGAACUUGCGGCAGCUUGACCUUCGAAUUACUCCCAUGGCCCUGAGAGCCCCUCAGCUCAACUGUGAACGCCCUGAGCCUGAUACAACGAGCCUUUAUACCAGUUGCUUAGUGAGUGAUGGUGAACUACAACGGCGACAUGCAUCGAUCUCUAUAGCAUCUAUAAUCGAUAAGUACGCUCAAAUCCCCGAUGACAAUAGAUAUCACAAUUUUUUCCAAGUAGCGGAGAACAAUCGCAUUCCAGAAAAUUCACAAAAUAGGGCGUGCGAUGGAAGUUCUUUUGGGGGGUUUCGAAGCGGAAGUUUGUGGUACCGUAUGCAAGACAAUGACCCGGCGGCAACUAAGGGUCCCAUAGUACCAGGCCCCUCGUGGAAAUACCCUCAACGUAAUGGGCCCGGAGAUGUAGCGGACUGCUCGUAUGGGCCUUUAAUCGAUCCGUACGUUGAAGCCAGGGAGAAGCAAGAAUUAUAUCUUGGAGUUGAAAAGAUUAGGAGUUCCGGGUCUGCUUCUUCAUCUAGACCGUCUCUUGAUGUUAAAUAUCAGGAGCCAUGGACGCAGAAAUCUGAACAUGCAAGGGAGGGCCAGCAAACCGAAUCCAGUUACAGCCCUACAGACUCGUCACACACCAGUCAACCCAGCUUGAUGACAUCGUCAACAUCCCCAUGGCCGGCGAAAACUAGAAAUGUUGACGAUCUCAGCCCAAAUACUGUUUCUAGGCCGGUCAGAGAUAACAAUGUGCCUUCCGAUACAACACAAGGUUCAAACGACAAUCUUAGCAGAAUGUUGAAGCGUUGGGCACUUCUUGAUCAACAGAACAUUGGUCUCGUUGAUCGGGUUCCAUUUCGAUCUUACUCUGCGCGUGAGAGGCUUCAUGACCAUUUAAAUGCUCACACAGAGGAUUGUACUACAAACGGUGGAUAUGUAGAGAGUCCUGAUGCUGAGGUAGAUGGUCUCCAUUCUCGCGACGUGUUUGGUAGACCUUGCCUCCAGCAGCGAACAUACAGCGAAAGUAUUUAUUCGCGACCCACUACGUUACAACCGGUCCCAGUGGAUUGGAGGUCGGGAAAUGAAAAAUACACCGGCCAAGGGUACUCCAGCAGCCUGCGGCGUUAUCAUCAGCGAUCCUACGGAAGCUCAAAAGCUGGACCUAGUCAGCCCACGCCACCAAUGCCAUUCAUUAAUGCAGCCGUCAAUGAAAGUUGCGAAGAUAACACCUACAACAAGUUAGAUAGUCGACCGCAAAUAGUCCAGAGGAAGAAGAGUUACUCUUGCCAAUUUUACCUCGGUCGUUGUCUCUCGCUCGGUAAUUUCUGGACGGGGUGGUGUGAUUUUGGGAAUGCGCGCCUCAUUCCCUCGGUGGUCUCCUCCUCGACAGGAACGGUUCCAUCAGUUAUUCAACGUGCUAUGGCACCUAUAAUUUGCAUGGACAGUACUAUUUACCUGUCUCACUUGCAGACGGCGGUGGAUGGAGGACUAGUUCACAGAUUAGGUCUUCCCGUGACCGCGGCGGUGGUCUGUGCGGAGUUUACCACAAACGACAAUGUUUAUUGUUCUCACGAAGGAUGCGCAGCUUGGAAGGACUGGCAAUCCAUUGCAAUCACUAGUCCUCCGUACAGGUCACAUAAACCCAAAAUUAAAGCGGCACAAAGCAGUCACAAAAUCGUGUUUGUGAACACACAAAUAAGCGUCUGCCACGGUGCGGGCGUGGGUGGCUGGGAGGUUGCGCCAGCGCCCAACGCCCAGCGUCCCCAGCCCCGCCAGGUCACCAACCACAUCAUAAUGUCGGACGGACCACUUAGAGCUUCCAUUAAUACCAGCAUUCCUCACCGACUGAGGUAA